AUGUUCUUCAAAAUGGAGAGGAAACGAGAUAAUGAUAAGGAACUACAGGAAGCGAUUGCGUCAACUGCUUGCAGAGCAGUGGAAGUUGUAAAUAGCAACGAAAAACCCAAGAAACUUAAACGAUGGGACAGGAAAGGCCUCGCAUCGCUGAGUGAUUUCAAAAUGGCAUCUGGAAGCCAAGUUGUUAAGGAAAUGAAGCAAGUGAUUUGUGAAAGCCAGAAUCCUAACAGUUUUGGAAACGAUGUUCACGAGAAGGAAACAGAUGUAGACAGUGCCCAAGCGCCGAAGCGAUAUCUAGGAAACAAAAAGAUCACUCCCGCUUUCUCUGUCCCUCCUUUUGUUCGAAAAGGAUUGGAAAUGAUGCAUGUUAACGGUGGCAGUGGAGCUCAAACAGUUGGUGAUGGACUCCGCAGCGAACCAACUCUCAAACACUUUGACGAAAAUAUUAUUUCGCUAAUUGAAUCCGAGAUAAUGUCUGUAACCCUUGAAACAGGAUGGGCAGACGUAGCCGGACUUGAAGGAGCAAAGAAAGCUUUGAGAGAGAUAGUGGUUCUACCAUUCAAAAGACCAGACAUGUUCAAAGGUAUACGAGCACCUCCAAAGGGAGUUUUAUUAUUUGGUCCUCCGGGUACCGGAAAGACGAUGAUCGGACGAUGUGUUGCUUCGCAGUGUAAAGCUACUUUUUUCAACAUUUCUGCGAGCUCUUUGACGUCAAAAUGGGUGGGCGAAGGCGAAAAACUUGUGCGAGCUCUCUUUUCUGUUGCUCGUUUGAAGUUGCCUAGCGUCAUUUUUAUCGACGAAGUCGACUCGCUUCUAUCGGCGCGGUCCGAAACUGAACACGAGUCUUCUCGCCGUAUUAAGACUGAGUUUUUGGUGCAGUUGGAUGGUGUGGCGACAAGUUCUGAUGAAAGACUUUUAGUUUUGGCUGCUACGAACAGACCGCAAGAAUUGGAUGAAGCUGCACGGCGACGUUUCGUGAAACGUCUUUACAUCGCUCUGCCAGAAACCGAAGCUAGAUUGACAAUCGUAAAGAAUCUACUCGUUGACAUGAAACAUAAUCUUGAAGAGGGAGAUUUUAAUGAAGUGGCGAAGCUGACAGAAGGUUAUUCGGGCGCCGAUAUGCGGCAGCUGUGCGCGGAGGCUGCUAUGGGUCCUAUUCGUGAUAUUGAUAAUUGUUCAUCUAUGGACAUUGAAACCAUAGAAACUGAAGAUGUUCGUCCUAUUUCCCUCGCAGAUUUUAUCUCCGCCGCUCACGUAGUCCGUCCUACAGUUGUCAGCGAAGAUUUGGAGGCGUACAAGAUUUGGGACAGUAAAUUUGGCUGCCUUCUUUGA